AGCCCCCAGCGGAGUCAGGCCGAGGGACGCUCUCGCGCCAUAUUCAUUCACCCACUCUCAAGCCCGAAAGUCGGCUGUCUGCGGUUGCGUCGAAGAAGAGUCCCGAUACAUUCAUUAUCCCUGCUGUAGCAUCCCAGCAUUACUUCCCGGGCACUUGCUAACCGUUUGGCCGGCGCUCCGCCAACACCAUAUGAGCAUGUGACUCACUUCAUUCAUCGAAGUCUCAUCUCAUUGUCUUCCUUUCAUCAUCAUCUAUUUCGCUGCACAAUUCGAUGCUUUGAGGGCUUCCAUUAGAAUCCACAAUGGCUUCAAAGCGGAAAGCGACCCAAGGCGCCGUCAAGGCCAGCAGAAUGUCCAGAAUCUCGACUCCAGGGUCGGUGACCCCGCGCAGGAUUGAAAGUGACUACUCUCACGGCCCAAGCGGACUGCCCGAUCAACGCAACACGAUAAUCGCCCAGAAUGUUCAGAAACUUGAUAUCAGCUCCUUUCCAUAUAUGCUUUCGCCAGGCAUCAUAGAUUCGGCAUCGGAGUACUUUCAGCCUGGGCAGAAAAGAGACUUGACCGCCCUCAAGUUAAAGCCAGACCAUCAUAAUCGGCCGCUUUGGAUUGAUGGCUGGGGAAAGCUUACCCUUGAAAAUUUCCACCCGCUGGCGCCUCGGGUGCAGGAUUUCCUGACUACGAUUGCUGAGCCAACAUCACGACCAGCAUUCUUGCAUGAGUACAGGCUCACGACCCACAGUCUGUACGCGGCGGUCUCGGUAGGUUUAAAUCCGAAGGAUAUCAUCCGUACUCUCAAGCUAUUCUUGAAGAAUGAGAUGCCGCCAAAUGUCAUUGCAUACAUCACGCACUGUGGCAAGAGCUAUGGCAAAGUGAAGAUAGUGUUGAAGAGCAACAAAUAUUUCGUGGAGACGGCGGAUCCGGCAGUGCUGCAAAUGCUGCUAAAAGAUCCUGAGAUAGGACCGUGCCGAGUUCAAAACGCCGAAGAAAUAACCACCAGCGUUUCAACGAUGGCUGGACUGGCAAUUGCUGGAACAAAGGACGCUGCUGAUAUGCGUGUAGCCGAGAGGGUAGAGGAUCAGGUCGAACGAAACUCGAGGGUAGAGGAGGUGUAUUAUGCUGCCUUGGGUGAGGAUGACGAUGAGGACGACGUUCAAGAUGCCCUUCACGCAUUUCAAAUCGAAGAUGAGAAAGUGGGAACGGUCGCGCAGCGGUGUUUGGCAUUACUUUACCCUGCGCUCCAGGAGUAUGAUUUCAGAAAUGACUAUAUCAAUGCAAAUCUGGAGAUAGAUCUACGGCCAGCAACUCAAAUCCGACCAUACCAGGAACAAGGACUCAGCAAGAUGUUUGGUAACGGUCGUGCAAAGAGUGGCAUCAUCGUUCUGCCCUGUGGAGCUGGAAAAACUCUCGUCGGCGUCACAGCUGCUUGUACAAUAAAAAAGGGGGUUGUUGUUUUGGCCACCAGUAAUAUGUCAGCAAUUCAGUGGAAGAAUGAGUUCGUAAAAUGGUCAAGUAUUAACCCAGAUAACAUUGCCAUCUUCUCUUCGGAUUGCAAAUCCCUGUUUACUGGAAAUUCCGGCAUCAUAAUUACAACCUAUUCGAUGGCGACAAACUCGCGAGAACGUGCUCACGAAUCGGCGAACAUGAUAAAAUUUCUCCAGAGUCGGGAAUGGGGCCUGAUGCUUUUGGAUGAAGUACACGUUGUCCCCGCAGAAAUGUUUCGAAGUGUUAUUGGGACCAUCAAGUCUCAUGCAAAGCUAGGCCUCACAGCCACACUUCUUCGAGAGGACGAUAAGAUUGAGGAUCUAAACUUCUUGAUCGGGCCAAAACUGUAUGAGGCUAAUUGGAUGGAGCUGUCGCAGCAGGGUCACAUUGCAACAGUCCAAUGUGCUGAAGUUUGGUGUCCCAUGUCCACUGAAUUCUACGAAGAAUACAUGAAGGCCAAUGCCCGGAAUCGGUCAUUGUUCUGUGUCAUGAAUCCAUCCAAGUUCCAGGCUUGCCAGUACUUGAUUAACUAUCACGAAAACCGCGGCGACAAGAUCAUCGUCUUCUCAGACAGUGUGUACGCCCUAGAAGCUUAUGCAAGAAAGCUGAUGAGGCCCUAUCUUUACGGUGGCACGGGCAACGCCGAGCGGCAGGAGAUUUUGGAUUUGUUCAGAAAUUCUCAGCACUGCAAUACUCUCUUCCUCUCCAAGAUUGGGGACACCUCUCUUGAUCUCCCGGAAGCGACCUGCCUGAUUCAAAUUUCCUCCCAGUACGGCUCUCGUCGUCAGGAAGCUCAGCGCCUCGGCCGCAUCCUACGGGCCAAGCGGCGAAGCGAGGAAGGCUUCAAUGCCUUCUUCUACUCGCUCGUGUCCAAAGACACGGUAGAGAUGGUCUUCUCGUCCAGGCGGCAGGCCUUCCUCGCUGACCAGGGCUACGCCUUCAAGGUGAUUACGCAUUUCAAAAACAUUGAAAAGACGCCAGAUCUGGCUUUCGCCACUCCCGAAGCCAGGCACGAGCUCCUACAAAAGGUAAUUGCCGAGCUCGAGAGUAAAUCAUGGAAACAAGAGGAAGAACGCGAGAGCGCUGCUCUCUUGGCGGAUGGGAACUUGUUUUACGGCCCGGACGGCAAGCCGUCGCGUACAGCUGUCAGCGGGGCGGGGGACAGGAGUGCGAAGAAGAUUGUGAAGAGGAAAAGUGGCCCGCACAGCGACUUCUUUAGGUCGCUCAGGCGAGAGAAUGAGAGGCGAAAGAAGUUGGCUUAGAUAUCCGUCUGGAAACUUGUAUCAUACCCCCAUGAGUUUAGAGCCCUGUAAUGUUUUAUAUAUGGUCCAA